AGAGACGGAGAGAGAGAAGAUGACCAUCAACACGCUGACAAAAGGAGGAGCUCAGAGGGAGCAGAUGUAUUGCCUCAGAAAGAUGGAGAGAGUGAUCGUAGCAAUGCAAGAUCCUGACAUGGGGAUGAAGAUGAGAAACCAGAGACUCCUCAUCACCGUUAUACCACACGCCAUGACCGGUAAUGAUGUCAUUGAAUGGCUGAUUCAGAAAUACAACAUAACAGAGGAAGAGGCUCGCCACCUGGGAGGACUCCUGGUGCAGUAUGGGUACAUCUAUCCUCUGAGGGAGCCGCGCUCUCUACUGCUGAGAUCUGAUGACUCUCCUUACCGCUUCCAGACUCCAUAUUUCUGGACCAGUAGCCGCUGGCCUGCCUCAGAGCUGGACUAUGCAAUCUAUCUGGCUAAGAAGAACAUCAGGAAACAGGGGGAGCUGGUGGACUAUGAGAAGGAGAACUACAGCAUCCUGCACAAGAAGAUUAACCACACCUGGGACUUUGUGGUGAUGCAGGCUAGAGAACAGCUCAGGGCCUCUAAGCAGAGAAGGAAGGCUGACCGUAUCGUUCUGGAGUGUCAGGAGCAAGCCUACUGGCUGAUCAACAAACCAUGUCCGGGGGCAUUUGACGUGUUGGAUCUGGGACCUGAGAGAUGCAACGUCCUCGCACUGAACGCUGACCACUACAAGAGAGAGAUUGAACACAGUAGAAGAGCUCUGGGGAGAAACCGGGUCAAGUCCUCCAUCUGUCUGGAGACCUUCAUGAAGUACAGUGAGCAGUACCUCCACCAUGACCCCAUCAUGUCAGGCUGUCUCCCUAGCAACCCCUGGAUCUCUGACGACACCUCACACUGGACCAUCAACACUGACAUGGUGGGCACUCCAACCAGGUUGAGAGUGGAGCGCUGGAGUUUCAGCUUCAUGGAACUUCUGAACGACUCCAUGGGAAGACGAGAGUUUAUGAUCUACCUGGAGAAAGAAUUCAGUGCGGAGAACCUGUGUUUUUGGGAGGCCUGUGAGGACCUGAGGCAUGGAGAGAGCUCCAAGAUCAUCCUAAAAGUAGAGGAGGUUUACAAGAACUUUCUGGCCCCUGGGGCAGCUCGCUGGGUGAACAUCGAUAGUAAGACCAUGGAGAGAACACUGGAGGGAAUCAAACGACCUCAUCGCUUCAUUAUGGACGACGCCCAGAUGCACAUCUACUUCCUCAUGAAGAAGGACUCCUACCCCAGGUAUCUGAAGUCUGAGCUGUAUAAGAACAUGCUGGCCAAAGCCAUCGUUCCCCAGGAGACCAAGAAGAGUGUAUUUCCCUUCAUGAGGCGACAGCGUCACUCUAGCCCCUCUCCUGCCAUGGUUACCCAAGCGACAGAAGAUGAUGGAAAGGCUAAAGGGGCGGGACCAACAGGAACAAGCUCCACAACCAACUCUCAGAUCUGAUCGCCAUGGGAAUACCACAACCACCAUGUUCAUGACACCCAGAUCUGGUCACCAUUGUAUCACUAUAGCAACCAUUCAAGACCCUGCAUCUACUUCUAGAAGUUAUAAUACUGUCUAGUAGUUAUAUUUAUUAAUAUAGAACUAUAGGUAUAGUUUACAGAGACAAUCUGAAAGAUUUCCACUGUUCAAUUAAUGUAGAUUUAAGGCCAGUUUAUACUUGGUCUAAUAACAUGUCUAUGGACAAUUAUAAUGUGACAAGUGUCGCUGGUCAAAACAACUUUUAAUUUAUACUCCUGUGGAAUGUCUGUAGACGGUCGUUGCGACUGUUAGUUUCCUUGUUGCAGAGACAUGAAAAAAGUUCCCGUCUCUGAGACUGUCGCAACGUCCGUUGUCAUGGUUACCGGACUGCGACACGGUGAUGCUGUAGUUCUAUAAUUCUCAAAUAGAAUGACCUAGUUCUAUUCCGUCACUCUGUGGCAGUCAGCUAUUUUCUGUCGGCUCACAAUUAUCUUUUAAAUAACGAUGUUGUGGGUUUGUGUUUCUGUAAUAAUGAAUAAAAAGUAGUAAGACGUUGUCAGCUA